AGCAGCGCUGGGCAGGGAUGGAGAGGAGACGGGUCACCUCCGUUGCUCGCCGCUCCUUCGGCUCUUCUGUCUCCCCUUCGGAGAUGGCUCUGGGGGGCCUGCACCCCAGGCGGCACCCGGGGCCCAGCACCCGCCUCUCCCCGGUUCGGAUGCCGCCUCCGCUCCCAGCCCGAGUGGAUUUCUCCCUGGCUGGGGCACUCAAUGCCGGCUUCAAGGAGACGCGGGCCAGCGAGCGGGCCGAGAUGAUGGAGCUCAAUGACCGCUUUGCCAGCUACAUCGAGAAGGUGCGCUUCCUCGAGCAGCAGAACAAGGCGCUGGUUGUCCAGCUGAACCAGCUGCGGGCCACCGAGCCCACCAAGCUGGCUGACGUCUACCAGGCAGAGCUGCGGGAGCUGCGGCUGCAGCUGGACCAACUCAGUGCCCACAGUGCCCGGCUGGAGGUGGAGAGGGACAACCUGGCACAGGACCUGGGUACCCUGAGACAGAAGCUCCAAGAUGAAACCAACCUGAGGCUGGAGGCUGAGAACAACCUGGCGGCCUAUCGACAGGAGGCAGACGAAGCCACACUGGCCCGGCUGGACCUGGAGCGGAAACUGGAGUCUCUUGAGGAGGAGAUGCGGUUCCUGAAGAAGAUUCAUGAGGAGGAAGUGCGGGAGCUCCAGGAGCAGUUGGAGCGGCAGAAGGUGCCUGUGGAGCUGGAUGUGGUCAAGCCAGACCUCACGGCAGCCCUGAGAGACAUCCGCAUGCAGUAUGAGGCAGUGGCGUCCAGCAACAUGCACGAGGCAGAGGAGUGGUAUAGGUCCAAGUUUGCAGACCUGACCGAUGCUGCCGCCCGCAACGCUGAGCUGCUCCGCCAGGCCAAGCAGGAGGCCAAUGAGUAUCGGCGCCAGCUGCAAGUCGCCACUUGCGACCUGGAGUCCUUGCGUGGCUUGAAUGAGUCCCUGGAGAGGCAGAUGCGGGAGCUGGAAGAGCGCCACGCUCGGGAAGCGGCCAGUUACCAGGAGGCACUGACCCGGCUGGAGGAGGAGGGGCAGAACCUUAAGGACCAGAUGGCCCGCCACCUGCAGGAGUACCAGGACCUGCUCAACGUCAAGCUGGCCCUGGACAUGGAGAUCGCCACCUACAGGAAGCUGCUGGAGGGCGAGGAGAACCGCAUCACCGUUCCUGUGCAAACCUUCUCCAACCUGCAGAUCCGAGGGGGCAAAAGCACCCACGAAGGGGAAAGCCACAAGGUCACGAGACAUCUCAAAAGCUUCACAGUACAAGUCAUACCCGUGCAGCCAGGAGCCCCAGCGGCUCUCGAAACCAGCCUGGACACGAAGGCCAUGUCGGAGGGUCACCUCAAGAAGAACAUUGUGGUGAAGACUGUGGAAAUGCGAGAUGGAGAGGUCAUUAAGGAGUCCACACAGGAGCGCAAGGACGUGAUGUGAGCCGACGCGGCAGCAGGAGAGGCCCACAGCGGGGGACAGGCUAGCUGCUCUCCUCUGAAAGCUUGUUUUCCCUGACCUGAGAGCCCCACAGCCCACUUGUCCCAUCUCUGUGCCCAAAGUCACCCACCCUACACCUAGCCACUCCAACUAACAGGGGAUUCACCCUAAAGAAGUGAUCUGAAGCUUGGUUAGCAUUGGGAAGGAAGAGUUGGAAGGGGAAGGAGAAGCUCGAAAAAUCCCCCUAUAUCCCACAUCCCUGUUGUCAUAGUAACUGUUGCCAGACCAGACAUCUCUGGGGGUCUCUGAGAGCUCCCUCAGGUGGCUGGAGGAAAACAGAGGCUCAGACAGGAAGUGGGAGGCAAGGGAGUCUUGGCCAAGGUGGAUGUUUCCAGAUUCACCCUCAGACCACAGGCUUGCAGAUACCUGUGGUUCUCAGCCCUGCUUGGCUGGGGGCUGCUGCGGUUCUCAGAAGACCCUUGCUUCUCAGCUCUUAGUGGAUCAGGAGUCUAAGUGGACAGGGAAGGGGUGCUGGGAUUACUGGGGAUGGUGAUGCCUGACCCCUA